UGGGAGGCUGCGGUUCGGGCGCUAAUAUCCGCCGCCCAUUAUCCCGGCUAAUAAAUUUGACCUAUUGUUCGUUUGUUAAAAUGAUGUCACCUUGGAACAGUCCCUAAGCUCCUAUUUCCAUGAAUUAGGCCUUUAUUGAAAGCCGGGAGCCAAUGAGAGAAGAGAGGCUUGUUGAUCGCAGCCAAUGGCUGCGGCGGGAGAGGAAUUAGCAGCGGAAACUCCAGGUUCGGUUCAAGAAAGAUGACACAGAGCCUGUCGGGCCCGCGCACUCUUGGCAAAGUUUCAGUGCGACGAGAGGCGCCGGGCGCUCCAUGGCCGCGCGGUAACGGGGAUCCAGCCGCCUCCCCGCCCAGCCCAGCCCAGCCCUUCCACCCGCCCAGGAUGGAGGCGCCCGCCAGCGCGCAGACCCCGCACCCGCACGAGCCCAUCAGUUUCGGCAUCGACCAGAUCCUCAAUAGCCCGGACCAGGACAGCGCACCUGCCCCUCGGGGCCCCGACGGCACCAGCUACCUGGGAGGGCCCCCCGGGGGCCGUCCGGGCGCCACGUACCCGUCUUUGCCCGCCUCUUUUGCCGGCCUCGGCGCUCCUUUCGAGGACGCGGGAUCUUACAGUGUCAACCUGAGCCUAGCGCCCGCCGGCGUAAUCCGGGUGCCAGCGCACAGGCCGCUGCCCGGGGCCGUGCCGCCGCCUCUGCCAAGCGCGCUGCCCGCCAUGCCCUCCGUGCCCACUGUCUCCAGCCUGGGUGGUCUCAAUUUCCCCUGGAUGGAGAGCAGCCGCCGCUUUGUGAAAGACCGCUUCACAGCGGCGGCCGCGCUCACGCCCUUCACGGUGACACGGCGCAUCGGCCACCCCUACCAGAACCGGACGCCGCCCAAGCGCAAGAAGCCUCGGACGUCCUUUUCCCGGGUGCAGAUCUGCGAGCUGGAAAAGCGUUUCCAUCGCCAGAAGUACCUGGCCUCGGCCGAGAGGGCGGCGCUCGCCAAGUCCCUCAAAAUGACGGACGCGCAGGUCAAGACCUGGUUCCAAAACCGGAGGACCAAGUGGCGGCGGCAGACGGCGGAGGAGCGGGAGGCGGAGCGGCAGCAGGCGAGCCGGCUCAUGCUGCAGCUGCAACACGACGCCUUCCAAAAGAGCCUCAACGACUCCAUCCAGCCCGACCCGCUCUGUCUGCACAACUCGUCGCUCUUUGCUCUGCAGAAUCUGCAACCCUGGGAGGAGGAUAGUUCCAAGGUCCCCGCCGUCACCUCGCUGGUGUGAGCCACCAGCGUUCUACGUCUCCACUGAUCGCCGCCCCACUUGGCGGGGCGCCCUGGACCCUCAGCAGGGCUGGGGGGAACCGGGGCCGAGAGGGGAAGGGGCCGCCAAGCUCGAGAAGGCCCUAGGGCGCGGCCGCA